GUUUUGUUCCUUUACUCUUGCCAUUCUUUUUCCCGGCCGUCUCGUCCUCUAAUUAUUAUUGUUCCUUACGACGCUCAUCUUAAUUCCUUCAUGAACUCUUACUCGACUUAUCCGCAGAAGCGCGCAUCGCUCGGCUUCGGAAAUCUCCAAGUCUCGACCCAGGAAGACCCCGAGCGCGCCAUCCAAAUCGACGAGAACGAGUACACCGCGCGGCCAGGGAACGCGCACGCCCAUGCCAGCUUCCACUCGUCGCUAGAGGCAGCCGCAGCCGCGAACGGGGGAACAUCGGCGGGGCAGGGAGCCAGCGGCAGCGCAGGAGAGACAUCGACCUCCCAGGAUUUCCCAGGCCUCUCGCGCCCCCUCACGCACGCGGAGCAGGAGCGCCUCGCCCAUCUCGACAAGCUCAAGUUCUUCCUCGCGACGGCGCCCAGCCGAUGGGACUCGGCGAACGGAGGCGGGGACUACCCUGGCUCGGAUCUCCAGCAGCAGACGGACGCAGCCCACUCCCACCCAUCGCUGAAUCGCUUCCUUCUCCCGACGCAGGAGUACGUCUCGUGCGUGCUCUGGAAUGGCCUUUACCACAUCACCGGGACGGAUAUUGUGCGCGCGUUGGUAUUCAGGUUCGAGGCCUUCGGACGUCCAGUACGGAAUAUGAAAAAGUUCGAGGAAGGCAUCUUUUCGGAUCUACGUAAUCUCAAGCCGGGCGUCGAUGCCAGCUUGGAGGAGCCUAAGUCGCCGUUUCUCGACCUCCUGUUCAAGUACCAGUGCAUCCGGACGCAGAAGAAGCAAAAAGUGUUCUACUGGUUCUCCGUCCCGCAUGACCGCCUCUUUCUUGAUGCGCUGGAGCGCGACCUUAAGCGCGAGAAGAUGGGUCUUGAACCGACUACGGUAAUCACUGGCGAGCCCGCCAUGAGCUUCCGAUACGAUCCCAAACGCACGCUCUAUGAUCAGUUCGUCGCGGCUGCGCAACCCGUCAGUGACAAGGAUUCCGAAAGCCGGUCAUCAUCUCGUUCGUCCGCUGCGGAUGAGUCCGACAGCGAUGCAUCGUCCAGCAAGCCUCCUACCGCCGCUCAGAAGACGCCCUUCUUUUCGAUGUUCAACCUAUUCGAGGGCAGCCCGACCUACAAGCAGCGGCGCAAGAAGACGCCCGGCUCUUCCAACUUGAACCCCAACAAGUCGGGCCUCAGCAUGCAGAUGGAGCGCGGCAGGCAGCAGAUGCGGUUCCCCAACUACCCCUACGGCCCAGGCGGUAGCCUCAGCCGCGAGCGGAUGCGCCCUUUCGGCGGCAUGGGGGACAUGGAGGGCGACGAUGUCAGCGCGGCGGAGAUGUUCAUGAAGCAGGCGCGCGGGGAGCUCACCGGCCCCGGGCGCAAUCCGGGGACGUGGAACGAGUUCUCGAACCGCCCACGUAGCCUCGACCUCGGCGGGCCCCAGCACCGGCACACGUACCCUGGCCCACCAAUGGAGGGCUCCCCCAACCUCGAGGGUCCCCUGCACGCCAACACGCUCGACGGCGCGCAGCUCGACCCGACGGGCAAGGCGUUCAUGUGCCCGCUCUUCUCCUGUGGGCGGCUGUUCAAGCGGAUGGAGCACCUGAAGCGGCACCUGCGCACGCAUACGAUGGAGCGGCCCUUCGCGUGCCCGAUGUGCCGGAAGCGCUUCUCGCGGAGCGACAACCUCGGGCAGCACCUGCGCACGCACUCGCGCGAGGGCAUGGCCGGCGUCGAGCGGAUCCCCGGGUUCAACGGGGGCAUGGAGGGCGAGGGCAUGGACUUCGCGAUGGGCGGCGAGGGCGGGAUGGGCUUUGGCAUGAAUGGCGGCGAAUGGGAUGGCGGGAUGGAGAGCGGGAGCGAUAUGGACGACGGCGCGUAUGGCAGUAUGCCUCAGAGCUCGGGGAUGGGUAGCAUGUCGAAUGUUGGGGCUCCGUUGGGGAUGUUCGGCGAGAUGGGCGCGGGCAUGGGCAUGGCGGCGCAGCUUCCAGCCGGGCCAUCAAACGAAGGGUUCGACCUGACAGUCAGAGGAGGGAACGAGGAAGAAGGCUUUUUCCCGGGUAGCGCACCAAACGGACCAGUCGGCUUUGGGGACUACGACGGGUCCUGGAGCGGUCCCGGAUCAUACUCUUCGUCUUCCUCCGCUUCUUCAUUGUACGAGCAGAACAUCUCGAUGUCGGCGCCCUCUCACAAGCAAGCCUUCGAUCACGCGAACAUCUAUCCUGUCCCCAGCCUUCUUGACGCCGGCGGCACGGGUCCCAUCCGCCGACACAGGAGCAUGACGCCGUCCAUGGCACGAGAGGUACGGCGACCAACGACCGCAGGCAGCGACUACGACGGCACUGGCCGCGGCAUGCACUUUUCGCCGCACCCAAGCCCCAGCCCGCGCGGCUUCCAUCCCUACAGCCGGCCAGAGUCCGCGCACAGCAGCCCGUCCAACUUCCCGCUGCCGCUGCCGCACCUCGCGCGCUCCGACUCGCGCAGCUCGAACUACAGCACAGGCGAGAUGCAGGAGCAGAUGCGGCACAUGAUGAACAUCGGGCCCGCCUCCCGGCAGAACUCGUCCGACUGGGGCACGGGCGCGGGCAUGGGCGGCGGCGGGGGCGGCGAGAUGUUCCGCACGGAGAGCCCGGCGUCGUUCGGGGGCGCGGGCGCGAUGGGCGACGGGGCGAGCCCGCCGGUGUUUGGGGGCGCGACGGAGAGCCCGGCGCCGUUCAGCACGGAGCUGCCGCCGGUGCCGCCCGCGGGGGGCGCGGGCUUCGGCGGGGACGUGUAUCCGGGCGGGAUGGACGCGCCCGCGUCGUUCAUGAACCCCUUGGACAUGCCGGGCGGUCCGUCGCGGUCGGGGAGUGGGGGCUUCUACCCACCGCACUGAGGUGGUAGUCCGUGGGUGCUUCUUGCUUCUUGAGCCCGAGUGCUUCUUGUCCUCACGUCCCUGCUCUCUUGAUGUCUACCCUACCAGCUCCGGACUGAGAUUAAUCAGGUCCCAACCUCACGCCUCACGCCUUUUCUUUCUUCACUCACUCGAAUGUCAAUGACCACCCUCACUUAUUUAUUGUACUCUUGCCUGUUGUGCUUAUACUUGUCUCUUCCCGAUGAAGGCAGUCUACAUAUCGUAUGCAGCAGUUUACUUUAAUCAUACUCGACUAUUUAUGUAUUUAUCUAGGCUAUUGAAUCCUCUUGAACUCCA